ACUUCCGAUAACCGCCAUAUUUAGAAAGCCGGGAAGCACCUGCUGGCGACGUAAACAAAACACGUGCAAAAUCUUGUAACACUUCUGACCUUUCUGACCCGAAUGUGAUUAAUCUGCAUUGUUUAACUCUAAUUGUUUCUUCUGUAAUCAUCAUAAGGGGCGAUGGAUACCCAAGACAGCGCCCAGUCGUCUCUGAAUAGUACCGAUACAAGUCAGCUCUUGAGAGAAUUACAAGCUCUGAACUUAGACAGAUCACCCGGCUCAUCGCAUGGAAGUUUCGGAACAGGAAGAAAUAUCCCUGGAACAGGGGAUAGGGACUUGCCACCAUCAGGGGAAGCAACUCUGACCCAGCUGAUGAUGACAAUGUACAGUUCAGCACCAAAACAACAGAUAGUGCUGCAGGGCAAUGACAACCAAAACAGUUUCAGCGUGUAUGGGCGAGACGUUGACGUGUUCCUUGGUGAGGCUCGGGUGGGGGAGUCACUUGUUACCACUGCUGGUAGCAAUAAGGUUAAGAUAACCCCUGUGGUGAACUAUGACUGGGAACCAAAGUAUUAUAUCGGCAAUUUGGUGGCUGUGCACAGAGACAACGAGUUUGUGGCGUAUGUACUUAAAGGUAAAUCAAAUGGAGUUGUCCGUGUCAUCUCAAGAAAAUGUGCAGAGCGGGUGCUUUUAAAGGACUUCGAUGGACGGGUUAUUGACAUCGCCUUUGCCCAUACUGAUGAAAUUCUCCUGGCUGCCGUGGAUGAAAUAGGGAACUUGUUUGUGCAUGAAAUUAAAGAGGAAGAUGGGAAAGUUGUCUCCUCCUUACUCCUGCACGUGAAACACCCACAGGCCACGCCAUCCUCGGAGUUCCAUCGAGUUAUCUGGUGCCCCUACAUCCCGGAGGACUGUGAGGAGGCUAUGACCGACGCCUCGUCACAGGAUGCCUCGCGGGUGCUUGUCCUCACUCAUGAUGCAGUGGCGGAGAUAUGGAGUGUUGACAUGGUAACCAAGGAACAUGGGUGUGGCCCUCACUACCCAAACACCGUAGAGAGCGGCCUCAUUACCAUCAACAGUCACACCAAGCCAAUUGUUGAUGCUGCAUUUUCCCCUGAUGGCACAGCGAUGGCAACAGCUAGUCUGGACGGAGAGGUGAAGUUCUUCCAGGUCUACAUGCAAGAGGGCACCUCUCCCAGGUGUCUGCACCAGUGGAAACCUCACGACGGCAAGCCGAUGUCGUGUCUCUUCUUCCUGGAUGAUCACAAGAACCUAAGUGCAGAUGCCCAGUUUUGGAAGUAUGCAGUGACUGGAGCCAAUCAAAACCAGGAGCUAAAGAUCUGGAGCUGUGAGUCAUGGAACUGUCUACAGACAAUCAGAUUCGUGAACCCACCAAACAUGGAAGUUGGUGCCCUGGCAGACGUGUCCUUGAAGGCAGGGCUAGAUCUUGGUGCUAAGUACCUGGUGCUGUCAGACAGGAUGCGGAAGAUGCUGUAUGUGUUACAAAUCCACCAAGAAGGCACAUCGACCACGGCACAUGUCAGCUCCGUGUCGGAGUUCCUGCUUGCACAGCCUUGCCUUAGUUACGCCAUCCUGGACGCCAGCACCAAGAAGCUAAAGAAAUCCCCAAAUGACUCCCAUCUUGAUGAAAUAACCACAGGGGACCUUGACGGCGACGCCACAGACGACAUCAACCGCCUCCACAGGCCAGAGGAGACGACAACGGGCGUUCAGUUGAGACUCUAUGCAGUUCAUUCAAAAGCUCUGCAAGAGUUGCUGAUCCGCUACAGACCAGAAUCCUCGGUGCCACCCCCCUCCACACCUUCUGUUAGCUCCAUUUCUCACGAUGAGACAGGUUUGCGUGACGCCUUGUCGGACAUCAGUAUGAGUGUAGAGCAGAGUCUCCCGGAAAGCCACGGCAGCAGCUCCUCCGCCAUUCAUGACAACUCCAACCCAGUGCUCCUCACACCUGAUGCAUUUACCAGUCCCAGUCCAAACAACAAAACUGUGUCAGUGCAGAACUCUUUGGAACAUGUUCGAAGCAGUGGAACUAUGGAUCAUGUGCGAGGCAGUGGAUCUAGUACCAGUAGUUUCACUCACGUCACACCCAUGAAUGAUGAGAUCUACACCCCCCGGAGCUCAGCAUCUGGUGACCGGACCGUCAUGUCUCCAGGCAGUACCAUCGCCCACACACCCUCCUCCAAGGGCGAUGCCCAGUCUCAGGACGUGACGCCCACAAACAUGCCACUCCCCCCCAUAGACUCUGUGGAGGAGGAGGAACUUGCCACACCCAAGGGGGCACCAGAGUCGGAGAAAGGGGAUGCUCUCAAUCAUUCUGCACAAGAAGUGCUGGAUGAUUUCUUCACCCAGGUAGGACCAAGUCCAUAUAUGACAAUAGGGUUCAUGACAGAGGAGGGACGUCCAAGAGGUCAGUGGAUAGCCAGUCCAGCACGGGGGAGGUUUGACGUCAGCGAGAUAGUUCCUCCUCCUUCUGGUCAGCCUGAGGUGAGGCACCGCACUGACUACGACGAGAACGACCAGGAGGUGGCUGAAGUUCUAGGUGAGAGUUAUGUUGCUGCCGAAGAGGAAGGAGGUGAGGCUGAAGAGUUCCAGGAAGGGGAGACAACCGGGGAGGACAUACAUGUCCCCCGUGCCUGGCCCAAACCACCAGAUGUACCUGGAGUUAAUCAGAAUCUGUCAUCGGAGGCUGUGGUCCGAGACAGCAGCUCAAGGGAGGAGACCCAGGAUGACGACGAUGAUGAUGAGGAAGAAGGUGAUGAUGGAGAUGAUGAGGCGGAGAUUGAGGAAGAGAUUGAGGUUGUUGAGGAGGGCAGCGAGGAGGAGCAACAGCAGAGCCACUCUUGUUUCAGAAUGUCCCCAAGGUUAGCUGAAAGGAUAGGCAAAGUAAAGCAGUCGCCACGGUCUGCGUAUGGAGCAAGCGAGUCUGUUUCGGGGUCAGUUCGAGGCGGGACAGAUCGCAGGGUUUACAGUCCGUUUGAGUCAAUGAGGGAGCUGCAGAAGAACGUGCAGGACUUGACGUCACUGCUGCAGGCGCAGCAGAUGCACAUCACGGAGCUGCAGCAGCAGAUCGCACGGCAACAUGAGCAGCAGCUGGAGUUGCAGCAGCAGAAGGAGGAGCAGUGGAGGCUGCAGCAGGUGGCCGCCAAUCAGCCGGGGCUGCAGGAACAGAUGCAGAGGAUCGAGGACGUCAUGACGUCGCGUAUAGAGCGCGUUCUCACGCAGCACCUGGGCAGGCAGACUCAGACAUUGCAAGAUGUGAUGACCCGCACGGAAGGCCGACAUCGGCAGGAGCAGGAGAGGCUACAGACCACAGUUACGCAGUCCGUCAGUCAAGCCAUCACCAACAACCUGGAGAGGGCCGUCCGCGCUGAGAUGAAGAACACAGUGGUCCCAACGGUGACGAAAAUCCUGGAUCCAGUAAAAGAUCAGCUCCAUCAAGACCUAGCUCACAAGCUCACUGCUACUGAUGCACUACUGAAAGACAAUAUCGCUAAGAUGGUCAGGUCUCGGCAAACCGUGGAGGCCAUAGCCAAUGCAACCGGCAGCGCUGUCCAGGCGCCCAUACAAGCUGCUUACAGGGAGGCCUUCCAGAACAUGGUGGUGCCAUCGUUUGAGCGAGCCUCUCAGAGUAUGUUCCUACAGGUUAACGAGGCCUUCCAGAGGGGCACCACUGAAUAUGCGAGUCAACUUGAGGGUCACCUUGAGCGUAUCCGUCAGCGACAUCAGGAGUCACGUGACCCCAUUGUGAAGCAGCUGCAGUCACUGGUGGACAACUUCCAGGUGGCGUCCGGCGAGAUGAAGACGGAGAUCCUGAACACAUUACAGUCGGAACUCAAUACCAGCCUGCAGAAUGCUCUGGCAAAUCUGCAGGAGAAGACCCUCAACCAUGUGCGUGAGGCGGUGAAGGAGGAGGUCAGUGUGGCGGUCCGGGAGCAUGGUGCCAGUCUCUCUGACCAGCUGAUGAACUACGUACGGUCAGGGGCUGCCACGCCGGUACAGAUAUCUCCUGACCUGGGGCACCUGCAGACUCUGAGGACGUCGGUGAUCAAUGCUGUCAGGCUUGGCAAUAUCAAUGAAGCUUUCCAAACUGCACUGUCGGCAUCUAACCUGGAUCUAGUGAUGUUCACGUGUGAGAACGUGAACCCAUCCCUGGUGUUUGGUCAGGAUCCCUGCCCACUCAAGCAGCCAGUGCUUCUGUCCCUCGUCAACCAGCUGUCCAUAGACUUCACCUCGCACACAGAGCUAAAGAUCAAAUACCUGGAGGAGGCAGUGAUUAGUUUGGACCCCCACCACCCUUUAACUGCAGAACAUAUGCAUGGGGUGUUGAAUGGACUAACCCAGAAACUGAAAGUCUUUAUGGCACAACAUCCCAACGAUAAACUGACCCGAUCUUUCAAGAUGUUGGCAAUGGCAUCUCAAUCGCUCAUUACAUGAUGGAGUCAUCAGUGUAGCGGAAGUGAAACGUGUCUGUGAUACUACCAGCCCGAGACCCGCAGAGGAACAACAGUGGCGAUCAACAGCAGUAUUCUUGUGUUGCUCUAGUUAAUUUCAGUUUUACUUAUUGAAGAUUUUGAUUAGUUUCCAUUGAUUUGUGUGAUGGUGUUAAUCAGUAUGUGACAAGAAUCUGUGAGGAGUCCAGAUAGUGCUACAGAAGAUGGCUGUUCUGCUGUCUGUGACCGAGGUGAAACAUGUCUCCUUGAACCCAGAACACACUCAUCUGAUGCUGAGAUCUUAAGUCAGUAUUUACCCAGAAACACAAACUGAACAGGACACAGAUGCAAGGACAAGGUGAAGUUUUGACAGAAUUCUUGUCUACUGGAGAAAUAGUGCCAAAUGAUAAGGAUGGUGCAGAACACAGUUGUUUUCAUUAUGAUGUAAGAGGUGCUGCAAAGUUGUACAAGAAUGUGUUGUAAAGAAUUGUUGAGAAUUGCCAUGCUGUAAGCAGUGUUGAGCAUUGCCUCGAUGUAAGCAGUGUCGAUGAUUGCCAUGCUGUAAGCAGUGUUGAGCAUUGCCUCGAUGUAAGCAGUGUUGAGCAUUGCCUCGAUGUAAGCAGUGUCGAGCAUUGCCAUGCUGUAAGCAGUGUCGAGGAUUGCCUUGCUGUAAGCAGUGUUGAGAAAUGCCUUGCUGUAAGCAGUGUUGAGAAUUGCCUCGAUGUAAGCAGUGUAGAGGUUUGCCUUGCUGUAAGCAGUGUUGAGCAUUGCCAUACUGUAAAUAGUUUUGAGCAUUGCCAUGCUGUAAGUCGGUUGAGCACUGUCCCACUGUAAGCAGUGUUGAGCACUGCCUCACUGUAAGCAUUGAACUUUGCCUCACUGUAAGCAGUGUCAAGCAUUGCAUCAUUGUAAGCAGUAUUGAGUAGUGUCUCACUGUGAGCAGUGUUUAGCAUUGCCACGCUGUAAGCAGUGUUGAGCAUUGCCACGCUGUAAGCAGUGUUGAGCAGUGCCUCACUGUAAGCAGUGUUGAGCAUUGCCUCACUGUAAGCAGUGUUGAGCAGUGCCACGUUGUAAGCAGUGUUGAGCAUUGCCUCAUUGUAAGCAGUGUCGAGCAUUGCCUCACUGUAAGCAGUGUCGAGCAUUGCCUCACUGUAAGCAGUGUCGAGCAUUGCCUCACUGUAAGCAGUGUUGAGCAUUACCUCACUGUAAGCAGUGUUUAGCAUUGCCUCACUGUAAGCAGUGUUCAGCAUUUCCUCUCUGUAAGCAGUGUUUAGCAUUGCCCCACUGUAAGCAGUGUUUAGCAUUGCCUCAUUGUAAGCAGUGUUUAGCAUUGCCCCACUGUAAGCAGUGUUGAGCAUUGCCUCAUUGUAAGCAGUGUCGAGCAUUGCCUCACUGUAAGCAGUGUCGAGCAUUGCCU